CUUGGCAUUCACUUUUGAUGGAUUCACAAAGGAUGGUACAGUUCCUUUUUGCACUCUUGGUGCUUGUUCUUGGUUUCCUUUGUCAAGCACUGAGCAAUGAAGGUAUUUGUCAAACAAAAAAAACAUGCCCUGAAUACUUUUUGAUUGAUACGCCAAACAAGGAUUUUGAAACCCGUCUGUAUGUUGAGACACUUUGGAUUACCACUCCAAUAAAAAGCAAACAAGUCUUUGAGGUGAUGGCUGCACAUAACAGAUUGAAACAUUUCUGUGACAGACAGACGGCCCAAGGUUAUCCGAUGCCUGAUGGCUGGCCUGUCCUCAUCACGGUUGUUAAAGUUGCAGAUACAAUGAAUGCAAACAUGUCCUGGUUUGUUCCAAAUAAAACAGAAAUGGCUAAAACCAGUGACACAGAUGUGUGGUUACAAACCAGACCUCGGGGUUAUGUUUAUGUCAGAGCAUUUGGAGGAAUGGCAACCUUUGAAGCAAGCAAAGAAAAUGUGGAGAAGCUGCAAGACCACUUGACUAAAGCUGGGAAGUCCUUUGUUGCUAACCACUUCUCUGGGGCCACUUACAAUUCUUCUUGGGCUCUGAACAAGUACAAUGAAAUCUGGAUUACUGCGCCAUAAACAUCCUGCUCCUCAAAUGUGCAUUCUUAACCUGCUGUUGUUCUUCUGAGAAUAUUCGAAAUCAAGCUCAUGUUAGCCUACCAGAUCAGAAUUUGUUUUGUCUAAUUCUCUGUUUAAUAUCAGACAUGCUAAGAACAAUUUUAUAAUCAUCCUUACAUUCCUUAUGAAACAGUUUGUUGUGUCUAUGGUUUGGACAGAUUUUUUUUUUCUUCGCACUUAUCAACAGAUCAAAAUAUGUACAUGCCUGAAAGCAACAAGCAAUUCCAGUCCUUCAGGGCCGAAAUCCUGUCUGGUUUGUGUGUCUCCCUGCCCCGACAUAACUCAUUGAAAUGAUCAGCUCAUCAGCAAACUCUACAGGAGCUGGAUAACGAUCCUGAUGAGCAGGGAGACAUAAAAUAAAACAACCAGCAAGGAUGCCGGAUGUCGAGGACCGGAAUUGCGCACUCCUGAAGGGAUAUGAAUGUUCUUAUAGAAAUGUGUGGUUGAUCUUGUUCUUCUUGCUUACCCUUUUUUGUUCUAAAGCAGAGCAACACAUCACCCAUUAGCAAAAUUAGAACACUGUUUACUUUAUUUUCUUUGUUAGUUUAUUUUAUGUUAAUUCCACUCCGGGUGUUUCACACUAGGUGGUAGUAAAGGCUCAGCUAUGAUGCGGCUUUACCAUUUAAAAAAAAAAUUGAAUUAUUAUUCCUUCUGCUGGAAAGAAUACAAUUGGAAGAGACUGACUUGGCUAUUUGUUUCCCAGUAUUUCAGCCUAAGCCCUCUGAUCAGUGAUCAGAUUGCUUGUUGUAGCACGUAUGGUGUGGAAGUACUGCAGCAAACCACUUUCAUAUCUUUUGGGUUUAUCCCUCUGUGGCUUCAUUUUGGAAAUGUGUCCAUGGCCUCUUGGCGGCAAGUUUAAAAUGUGCUUUAACU